CCGCCAACACUGCCCAUAGUCGGGAACCUCCACCAGAUGCCCACGCGCGAUGCCCACCUCCAGUUCGAGAAGUGGGCGCGGGAAUACGGGCCAAUCUACAGUCUGAUCCUCGGCACGAAGACCCUGAUUGUCCUUUCGACGGAUAAGGCGGUCAAGGACCUGCUGGAUAAAAGAAGCAAUAUCUAUUCGCACCGUCAGGAGAUGUACACUGGCCAGAUGCUCUAUAGCGGUGUC